AUGUCUCCAUGUGCAUUUUAUGCGUCCUACGUCAACACCGACCAUAACAAUACAACUCUCACAUCCACAACUGCAACAGUUACAACACCGACAACUUCCACAUCGUCUACAAAGCUUAUCCAACUUCAGCGCACGACUUCGUCAAAUGGUGCCUCCACUUCCUCUGUCCUUCUAACACCGACGACACCCCUGGCAAUGGGUGCCGUUUUAGGUAAUGGAAGCGGAACUAGUUACCUCACUAAGCGUAUGAGCAUCACGGGAGGUGGUGGGGUGGUUGAAGAGAAAGACAUUAAGGAGAAAGAGAAUGGAAAUAAUAGUAAUGGUUUAGUGAUUAAUCUAACGCGUCAGCAAUUUACACCAAGUCCCACUAGUGAAAUUCAUCCGUUGCAUUUUACGUGGGUGUUUUGGUUCAUGCACCGAAUUCCUGGUAGUAAGAUACAAAAUUACGAGAGUUCCAUGAAAAAAAUCGCGGCGUUUUCUUCGGUGAGUGAUUCCUCUCACGACAUAGAGGACUUUUGGGCGGUCUAUAGUCAUCUUCGAAGACCUCAUGAACUACCCAACAUCAGUGACUAUCACCUUUUCAAACAAGGCAUUAGGCCAGUAUGGGAGGAUGUUACUAAUAUUAAUGGAGGUAAAUGGAUUGUAAGAUUAAAGAAAGGUCUGGCCAGCCGAUAUUGGGAAAGCUUGGUCAUGGCGGUCAUUGGUGAUCAAUUUGACGUGGGUACGGAGAUUUGUGGUGCGGUAUUAUCUAUUCGCAGUUCCGAGGACAUUUUGUCCUUGUGGAAUCAAUCCUCUCAUGAAGGCAGGAUUAAUUUAAAAAUAAGGUUGGUGUUUUCGAGAAAUUUCAGAGUUAUGCGUGGAUCCCAGAGAUCUUCAUUUAAGAUUAUGCGCAACAUGCAACUUGUGGAAAAAAUAAAUAAUAAUAAAACUUUAAUUAGGGAUACAAUGAAACGGGUAUUGAAUUUACCAUCCGAAACAAUUAUGGAGUACAAAACGCAUAAUGACGCCUUGAAAGACAAUUCUAGUUUUAGGAACACUGAUGUAUUCCGAUGA